ACAAGAAAAGAAACAAAAUACAACUACAAUAUUUAGCCGCUUGUCUGUUAGCUUUGGAUGUUUCCACGUGUCCGAGAAUAGCCGAAAUACUCGCAAAAAAUCGUGAUUACACACGUAUUUUUUUUUUGACUGUGUAUUACUUAAAAAAUGGGCAAAGAUAAAAAGAAAUCGAAACAAUCACCUCAACAAGUUAAGGUUGAUUCUAAAACAACAAACGUCGAACCAGUCAAGAAAACAUCUGAUGAAAAUGUUGUGUUAAAAGCUCAAGUUGAUUCUAUCACAGUGAAUCCAGCUCCCCAAAAACCGACCAAAGAAUCAAAUUCAAAAAACAGUGGUUGCAAAGAUGAGGGUAAAUAUUUCAAAUUGGAAGGUGCCAUCGAUGGAGAAGUAGUUGUACGAUUCCCUCCAGAAGCCAGUGGAUAUCUUCAUAUUGGUCAUGCAAAAGCAGCAUUAUUGAAUGCUCACUAUCAACAAGCAUAUAAUGGCAAAUUAGUUUUUCGUUUUGAUGAUACAAAUCCCGAAAAAGAGAAAGAAUCGUUUGAAAAGAUAAUCGAAGGAGAUGUAGAAUUACUGGGCAUCAAACCGGAUCGACAAACAUAUACUUCUGAUUAUUUCGAUUUAAUGAUGACUAAAGCUGAGGACAUGAUACGUUCUGGAUUAGCCUAUGUUGAUGAUACUAAUGCGGAACAGAUGAAAAAAGAACGUGAAGAACGAAUUGAAUCACAAAAUCGAUCGAAUACAGUAGAGAAAAAUUUAGAAAUGUGGCGUGAAAUGGUGGAAGGAACAACCAAGGGUCAAACAUAUUGCCUACGAGCCAAAAUCGAUAUGAAAUCAGACAAUGGUGCCAUGCGAGAUCCAACAAUUUAUCGAUGUAAACCACAAGAACAUCCACGUACAGGCACCAAAUAUCGUGCUUAUCCCACCUAUGAUUUUGCUUGCCCGAUUGUCGAUAGUAUUGAAGGCAUCACUCAUACUUUGCGUACUAGCGAAUAUAUGGAUCGUGAUGUUCAAUAUUAUUGGUUCUGUGAUGCCCUCAAAAUUCGAAAACCUUUAAUUGCUGCUUAUUCUCGUCUCAAUCUUAUGCAUACCGUUUUGUCCAAGCGUAAACUAACCUAUUUUGUUGAAGAAGGUCUAGUAGAUGGUUGGGAUGAUCCACGUAUGCCAACAGUUCGUGGAAUUUUACGUCGUGGUUUGACCGUUGAGGGAUUGAAAAUGUUCAUUGCAGCACAAGGUUCUUCGAAAGCCGUCGUCGUCAUGGAUUGGGAUAAAAUAUGGUCAUUCAAUCGUAAAGUAAUCGAUGCCGAUGCUCUGCGUUAUUCGGCCGUGGAAAAAGAGAAUGCCGUUCCUGUCAUUAUUGAAGAUACUAUCAAACCAAAUGAAACAAUAUCGGCUGCUUUGCAUCCUAAAAAUUCAGAUUUAGGUCAACGACAAGUACCCAUUGGGCAGCGUUUGUGGAUUGAUCAACAAGAUGCUCAACUUGUUCAGCCCAAUACAGCUGUCACAUUUAUACAAUGGGGUAAUUUAAAGAUAACCUCCAUUGAACGAUCUUCUGAUGGAUUGGUUACGGCAAUCAAAGCUAAACUAGAUUUGGAUAACAAAGAUUUCAAAAAGACUUUGAAGGUUACAUGGUUGGAAGAAACGACAAAAAUACCGGCAAUGCUUGUCUAUUUUGACAAUAUAAUCAAAAAACCAGUUCUUGGAAAGGAUGAUGAUUUUAAAGAAUUUUUGAAUCGUGAUUCUAAAAUGGUAAUCGAAGCUUUUGUCGAUGGUGAUUUGAGUACAUUGCCCAAAGGUCGAAUCAUACAGAUACAGCGAAAAGGCUUUUUCAUUUGUGACAGAUCAUAUGAUAUGUCAACGAUAGAUUGCUCCAGUAAACCUGGACCAAUUCAUUUGAUUUCAAUACCCGAUGGUAGUACUGAUCUGAAUAUUUUUCCUAAACGUGUUCAAGAUUGGAAAAAGAAAAACAUUUGGGUUGAACCUCCUCCUGUUCAAACUUCGAAAAAUAAUAACGCUUCAUCACUUGUCGAGCUAGAUUCCUUUAUUCGAAAACAAGGCGAUGUAGUUCGACAGCUAAAACAAACAAAAGCAUCAAAAGAACAAAUUAAAAUUGAAGUUGAUAAAUUGCUUUUAUUCAAAAGUCAAUUCAAGCAGCAAUCUGGAAGUGAUUGGAAUACCGAUUGGAAACCAAAAUCAGCUGAUAAUAAUCCAAUGGCCAGCAGUGAUGGUGAUUCUUCCAGUGUUGGUGAUCUUGAUAAUAAAAUACGCCAACAAGGUGAUCUUGUGAGAAAAUUGAAAUCAGAAAAGGCUGAUAAAAAACAAAUUGAUGAACAAGUACAAUUGUUAUUGAAAUUAAAAGCUGAAUUCAAACAAGUUACCAAUUCAGAUUGGAAGCUAGAUUCUCUACAGACUAAAAAUUCUUCAUCAAGUUCAACCGCUACUACUAGUAUUGAUUUGGAUCAUCAGAUUCGUGAACAAGGUGAUAAAAUUCGCAAAAUGAAAGCUGAAAAAGUUGAAAAAUCACAAUUGGAGAAAGAAAUUCAAAUAUUGCUGAAAUUAAAAAAUGAUUUUCAACAACAAACUGGUCAGGAUUGGAAACUAGAUUCAACACCUUCUGCUAAUCAGCCAUCAAAAUCAUCACCAAACAAAGAUAAUAGUAAAGAGAAAACUGAAAAAUCUUCAAUAACAUCAAAGUCUUCCCGUAAAGAGAAUAAAAAUCCUCAAAAACAGCAAGAUACUGGAUCAAAAACUGUUAAAAAACAAACACGUUUAGGUAUUGAAACAAAAAAGAGUGAUAAUUAUUCUGAAUGGUAUACGGAAGUGAUAACGAAAGCCGAAAUGAUUGAAUAUUAUGAUGUAUCUGGCUGUUAUAUACUUCGUCCAUGGGCAUACUCGAUUUGGGAAUCGAUACAACAUUAUUUUGAUCAACGUAUAAAACGUUUAGGCGUCCAGAAUUGUUAUUUUCCAAUGUUCAUUUCAAAAAAUGCUUUGGAAACCGAAAAAACUCAUAUCGCUGAUUUUGCACCUGAAGUUGCAUGGGUAACUAAAUCCGGAUCAUCCGAUUUAGCCGAGCCAAUUGCUAUACGUCCAACAUCUGAAACAGUAAUGUAUCCAUCGUACGCCAAAUGGAUACAAUCAUAUCGUGAUCUACCAAUACGAUUGAAUCAAUGGUGUAAUGUUGUCCGAUGGGAAUUCAAACAGCCUACACCUUUUCUACGAACUAGGGAAUUUUUAUGGCAAGAAGGCCAUUCAGCGUUUGCCACCGAACAACAAGCUUUAGAAGAAGUCUAUGCAAUUUUAGAUUUUUAUGCUGAUAUUUAUCAAGAACUUUUAGCUAUACCAGUUAUUAAAGGGCGCAAAACUGAAAAGGAAAAAUUUGCUGGUGGUCAAAUGACUACCACAUGUGAAGCUUAUGUUCAUGUAAAUGGCCGUGGUAUUCAGGGAGCUACUUCACAUUAUUUGGGACAAAAUUUCUCUAAAAUGUUCAACAUAGAAUUUGAAGAUCCAGAUAAACCGGGACAAAAAUGUUAUGCCCAUCAAAAUUCAUGGGGAAUUUCUACCCGAACCAUCGGUGCUCUAAUCAUGAUACAUGGUGAUGAUAAAGGAUUAGUAUUGCCACCACGAGUAGCAUGUAAACAAGUUGUAAUUGUACCUUGUGGAAUAACAGCUUCGACAACAACAGAAGAAAGGGAAAAAUUAUUGUACACUUGUCGUACUGUUGGUGAUAAAUUGAUAAACGGAAAAGAUAUUCGCGUUGAAUUAGAUGAUAAGGAACAUCAUUCUCCUGGUUGGAAAUUCAAUCACUGGGAAUUGAAAGGCGUACCAGUACGUAUUGAAUUGGGUCCCAAAGAUUUACAACAAGAAAAAUUCAUAGCAGUUAGACGAGAUACUGGUGUGAAAUAUGCCUACAAUAUAUCCGAGGCUGAUGUCGUUAUACCAGAGCUAUUGGAACGUAUACAAAAAGAUAUGUUUGAACGGGCGCAAAAAUUAUUGCUGGAUAACAUGUGUGUCACUGAUUCAUGGUCAACAUUUUUGGAACGAUUAGAAUGUAAAUCGAUAAUUCAAUCACCAUUCUGUGGGCGACAAGAAUGUGAAGAUCAGAUUAAAAAAGAUUCAGCCAAAGAAGAUGUGGCUGAACAAGGUGGUGGUCCAUUAAUGGGUGCCAAAUCAUUAUGUAUCCCGUUACAUCAGCCACACACAUUGGCUUCUGAUCAAUUGUGCAUUCAUCCACAAUGCAAGCAAAUGGCUAAAUUUUACACAUUGUUUGGCCGAAGUUAUUAAGUGUAAUGAUUCAAUUAUAAUUUGCAUUUUCAAAAAUAUAAUAAUAAUUAUUGAUGAUU